UUGUUGACAAUAUUGAGACUCGAAUAAUCGUAUUUCCUCUUUUCCCACGGUGUCCAUUUUGGUCCAAAAGCUGAAGGACAAUUGGUGAAAAUGUUCUGUAGUUAUUAAUAUCUGUAACAAAAAGCUCUAGUUGACUUGCAAAUUUUGUUCAUAAUUAAAGAAAGAUUUGCCAAAAUGUGACACUGUCGUUGACCAGGUUUUCCUUCAAGUGUGCGAACACAAUCGGAGAAGAUGCUUAUUUUCUAUACAUAAAUAAAAAAUCAACCUUGACAUACGCGUCAUCUAGGAGGCAUGGAUGAUCCGAGAUUGCGAAGAUAUCUGAAGGAUGAUAGACCGUUACAAUUGGUAGAGAGAAUGUUCAUAACACUUCAAAUGGAGGAAGUAAAGGAAGCCAACGCACUUUUGACCGAGAUAAUCAAUAAUUUGGUAGACAGAAUGCGGAUGGAGAAUUCUUUAUUUAAGAAAGCAUACAACAAAGUUGUUUUUUGUGGUAGUUUUUACAAGGGAACUAAAAUAAGCGAACCAAACGAAUUUGAUAUAAAUAUUGUGUUAAACUUACAUAAUGUUCUCCACAAUGACAUACAGCUUGAUUUUAUUGAACCAGGGUUUGUCAGAAUUCGAAUAAUUGGUUCAGUUUCCUCGAGAUACAUCUUGACAGAAGGAGAAAAAAGACAAUUAAGACGACUUAUAGAUAAUAAUAAUUAUCUCGAUCCACACAAAUUUCGUUACUGGUUCGAAAGUAUUAUAAGUGACUUUAUCAGUAAGAUAUCAUCGACAUAUAGUAGUAGAUCCUACGAAUUCGUUAAAACAAAAAAAUCUGGUCCUGCAUUUACACUACUAUUUAAAAAUUACGAUUAUCAAAGAGAAUUUUCAAUUGAUAUAGUUCCUGUAUUAACUUUUGAUACAAGAUGUGUUAUUGGUCGUACUAUAAACUCUGAGUUUACCAAUAAAGAAUGGUUUGCAGUAUCAAUAAGUCAAAAGAUUUCAUCACUGCCUCUAUGGAGACAAUCUUACGUUUAUCAAGAAAAUGAAAUUCUUUCUCUAAAUGGUCGUAUAAAACAAACUAUACGUCUGAUGAAGAAAUUAAGAGAUACGCACAAGUGGACUAGCAUAGCAAGCUACUUUAUAGAAACAGUAUUUUUAAAUAAGUUACCAGAUAUCAAGGAGAUAUUAAAUACAACGUCUACAACAUGGCUUUUUUAUGUGAUGUUGAAGGAAAUGUAUCGUUGUUUUCAACAACACACAAUAAAAUACUUUUGGGAUGAUGAAUAUAAUUUGUUAUCGAGAAUUAAAAAAGCUGAGAUGAUUAAUAUAACAGGACGUUUGCAAAACAUUAUAAAGCAAAUUGAACGAAAUGCACCGUCCGAUCCAUUUAUAGUAGCUAAAUUAAUUUUGGGUCAACAAGAAUUUGAAUUAUUGAUGGAAGAAUAUUAUAGAAAAGAGUUUGAAAAUAUGAAUAUUAAUGACGACGAUCAAGCACGAAAUAGAUAGAUAUGUAAUAUAUUAUAAGUAAUAUUAAGUGGUAUGAAUGCUUAUACCAAAUUUUAAGUUUAUCUGACAAAAAAAGAAUUGCAGUCAUAUUACAAACAAACGAUUAAAUAAAUUUUACUUACAUGUACAAUAUACACAUAUAUGUAUACUUACACAUGUAUGUACAUAUUUAAUACCUUCGGGCCGAAGUAGAAUUGUAUCCAGCAUUGGUAAACUAAAUUUUUAAAAAUCUGUGGUAAUAGCUAAAAGUUCCGUAGAAUUUUGUAAAUUUCCUUUUAAAAUAUUCAUAAAAAUUAAUAGAUCUCUCAGCAUUCUUCCAGUAAAUGGAAAUGGAUUUCCAUUCGCAAUCCAUUGGAAUCGUCAAUCCCAUUUCUGAAGUCUUCUUUCCACCACUUGGAGCAGAUUCCAAGAAAAAUCCCUGACACCAUUGGACACAUUGGCUUUGAGUAGAAAUUCCAUGAAUGGUCAGAAUACUGAAAGAUCUGUGGGGAAAGUAUGUGGUAGAGGUGGAAAUAAUGGGUGUUCUGUUAUACUAAAAAUACGCUGCGCUAGGUUUGUCGCCUAAACAUCCACUUAGUAAUUUCCCUCAUUAUUUUGUCCGUGCACCCUGUCUCUUACACGUGCCUAUUUCUACAAUCGGGUAAAAAUAUGAUAUGUGCAUAUAGAGAUCUGGGAAAGGGAAAGAAUCUAGAAAUAGAAAUACACUUUUAUAACUUAGAGCAAGCAUAAGCAUGGAACGUAAUUGUUCUAUAAAAUUACACUGGAAAAUAAGAAAUAAAAAGAACAUGCUAUUUAUUAAAAGA